AUGGGGCAAACAUUUAAUUCGUGCAUUUUAAUAUUACUUUUUAUUUCAACAUUAGCCUACAGUCAGGAGUUUGAAAGACGUAAUAGUCAAAACAAUUUAAAUAAUGGAUUGAAAAACAUACCACUGAUUGGUGGUAAUAUUCAAAGAAAUUUAGAUCCUUUGGUUACAAAUCAUGCGAAUAAUAUGAAUCACAUGUUUACAGAGCAAAAUGAUCCAAUGCAAAAUAACGUUCAAGAAAAUUUCCAAAAUGAAAUGAAAACUAAUCAUAAAGAAACUCUUGAGGAUGAUGCCAAGUUAUUGAUUGACAAAAUAGAACAAUUAGUAAUUCAAUAUCAGAAAUUAAAGCAAGUUCAAGAUGAUUUACAGAAUAAAAUCAAACAAUUAGAGAAAAUUAUAUCUUCAAUAAAAGAAUCAAAAUCGAAAGAAAGCAAAACAAUUGAAAAAAGUACAAAUGUACACCAAGAAACUAUUACAUCAAUGAAGCAAAAUAAUGCUCUUAAUAAUAAUUCAAAUCAACCGAUUGAAAAAAAUGGAAAUAAAAUAUUUUCACCAAAUUCUCUAAACUGGGUAGAAAAUAAUAAGCCAUCGUUAAAUGAUGCAAAUUUAAGAGAUCAGCUUGAUUACAGAAACUCAAUACAAAACCUUAAUAGAUUUACACAAAACAAUCGCCGCUCUAAUUUGCUACUGCAUCCAAUUAAUGAAGUUGGAAACUUUUUAAAUGGACAGCAAAUAAUUCCACAGAAUCCAUUUAAUGAUAUUUACAAUAGUCAAAAUUUCGCACAAACACAAAAUAUUGCUAGAGCAGGACUGCAACAGGUAAGUCAGUACAAAAAUUAAGUGUAAUUAGAUAAAAAUGUUAUUUUAAUAGUUACCAUAUUAUGGGACGAGAUUUUUUGAGACUCAAAUUCCAAAUCCUCUGCAAUAUAAAACUUAUGUGUAUAGGAAAUAGACAUAAUAGUAAUCAAAAUGCAUGUUUAACUUUUAAAGGAGUUAAAAGAGCUUUCCAAAAUGAUCCAACUUGCAAAACAAUUUAUUUUUUUUAUUAAUUUAUAUUAAAAAUUGUAUUUCCAAAUUAGUUCAUCGUUGGCUUUCAUAUUUAAAACAUUUGAUAAAUAUAAUUUUAUUUUGUUAAAAAUUUCAAAUUGUAUAAGUCCUGA